UGUACGGUAAAUUGACAAGGAGUUUUGGAAAACGGAUAAUAAUGCUGUAUGAUGUUUACGACAGUAUAUACGUUACGUCCUUGGCCUAAUGUGCAAUAGUUAGUUGCUCCUGAAAAGAGGUCCAACGCCUAACGGAGCUCGAGGAUUAUAGCUGACGAUGUUGUGCUGUUCGCAGCUGUAUCUCUUCUUGCCUCUGCUGCAUUCCUACGUAUUUCGGCAUGUCUUCUGCGCGCAUGUCUAAGAUAGUACACAUUGUCCUCUUCACCUUGACUGUCUCUUUGUAAUCUCCAAGCAGACGUUGGGUUAUGUUAUCGUGGCUUGACACAAAUUGAUCAAACAGCGGUGCCAGAUAGAUGAGAUUUCAAGCAGAUGUUAAGGGAGACUACAUUGUUGACUAUCCCUAGUGAUAUAGUAAACUACCUGUACAUAAAGGGAAACAGCACUUAGAUAUAAGAUAUUGCGAAUCAGCAGCUAAAUUAAACUCACUUCGGUUCACUUCAUGAUAGGACCCUCAAAAUGUGACAUAUGUCCUGAGAUAGACAGGAAUGUGGAAAAGCAAACCUCAUGAUAUCCUUUAUUGGCCAUUGUAUGAUUUUGAAAUAGCAAGAAAAACACUAAUAAGGCCAUGUUAAUUUGAUCAUAUAAAUGACAUUCAAUAGAUGACAUUACAAUUUACAGUAUGGUCAAAAACGUUUCUUUGUUUGGAAAGGGACGAAAAUUCAUGCGCACGCGAAUGCCAUCCAUAUAAUCAAAUCAACAUGGUCUCAUUUCAGAGUUGUGACUGUUGAUUGCAUAAAAGAACAGCGCUGAGAAGAAACAUGAUCACGCUAAGCAUAUCUGUUCCGUGGUUGUUUGAAGAAGACAGGGAGACAAAUAAACACUCUGGAUAAACAGAUUUUUGUGUACGAAUCCGAGGGAGAAAGGUGAAACAACAUGGCGAGGGGAGUCCAGCACGUUUUGUUCCAGACUGUCCCGUUUCACCUCAACUUUUGUCCCAGUAAAAGUUCGCGAGAGAUGAAUAAAGUGUAGAACUAAAUCUUUAAAAAAGAUAACCAAGAUUCAUGUCAAAGUCAAACCUAAAGAUAUCCUUUAUUGGUCUAUGGAUGAUUUCAAAACAGAAUUGCAGGCAAUACGGUAAUAACUUCAUAUAUAUCCGUAACUGUUGAUGCAAAAAAAGAACAGAACUUAGAAGAAACAUGAUCCGGUUCAGCAUAUCUGUCCCACGGUUGUUUGAAGAAGACAGGAAGGCAAACAAGCACUCAAGAUAAACAGUCAGACUUUCGUCUACGGAGAGAAAGGUGAAACAACAUGGGUAGGGGAAUCCAGCGCGGUCUGUUCGCCACAUGCAAGUUGUUGGCUGUGAUGUUGGUCUUGGUUCUGAUGAUUGUCGUUUUUAGAACUGCGACCUUCCAGUCCUACCAAACCUCCCCACCGGAGUGUAAGACCAGCGACCCUGACUUCAUCCCUGCCGAUGAGGAAAGAAUUUCCCGUUUCACCUCAGCCAUCCAGUUCCAGACUGUGUCCUACAAACGCGGUGUUGGAACACCACAGGAGUUACUCAAGUUCGUCCGGUUUAUCCAGGAGAGUUUCCCGACGAUCCACAGCUCACCGUUGGUCCGGAGGGAAGUGGUCGGGAACUACAGCCUGUUGUACCGAGUGGAAGGGUCGGACGCCUCGCUACAACCCUACCUGUUGGCGGCUCACCUAGACGUGGUUCCCAUCACAGAGGAAGAAAACUGGGAAGUGCCGCCAUUUUCUGGACAAGUCAAAGACGGGUGCAUCUACGGGAGAGGGACGAUUGACGACAAACAUAACGUAAUGGGGAGUCUAGAGGCUUUGGAGUUUAUUCUAUCGAAAGGACACCAGCCCAAACGUACUUUGUACCUCGCCUUCGGACACGACGAGGAAACAGGCGGCCAUUUUGGGGCAAAGGUUAUCAGUGACGUGUUGACUCAAAGGGGAGAGAAACUGGCAUUCAUCCUGGACGAAGGGACUCCAGUAGGAGAUAGCCUUUUACCAGGUGAGCAGCUAUGUGCAAUAUUCCAAGUACACAUGUGCUUGAAACUACGGAUGGUUUUUAAUCAAUUUUUUUGUCUAUUGAAUCAUGAAGUACCAUUUGCGCCCCGCUCUAUAAGACUUUACACCAAGGACAGAUGUGUGAGUAAACUUGUUGGCCUCGUCAGUGUCGCCGAGAAAGGUUUCUUGCAGUUGCGUCUUGAGGUGAAUGAAGAAGGCGGCCAUGCCUCCAUGCCAAGAUCCGAGUCAGCCAUAGGAAUCCUAUCCAAAGCCAUCAGUAAGCUUGAGAACAACCCACACCCUAGCAUGUUCGGCACGGGUCCGGAGACCAGGUGUGAAGCUAAAUCGAUGCGCCGCCAAAUACGUGAGAGGUCAGGUACUGCGGCUGCGCACUGCAGGAUUGACACUUGCCUUGAAUGUCAAAGAACCUCCAAGAUCAAGACCAUGUGCCCAGAGCUGAAGCCAAUCUAUACUUCAGAGCCUUGGGAGCUCGUUGGAAUCGACCUUAUUGGGCCGUUCAAGACCUCUCCAAGAGGUCACAAGUAUGCCGUUACAGCAACUUGUUUGUUCACAAAAUGGGUUGAAGCCGAGCCUAUAGCGGACAAGAGUGCUAAGAGUGUAUUCUACGCCCUCAACAGAUGGAUUCAUAGGUGGGGCGCACCAAGGAAAAUUCUCACCGACCAAGGUUCAGAAUUCAAUAACCAGAUGGUAAAUGAUGCCCAAGAUGACUGGGACUUGUAUCUUGACAAGGCGUGUUGGGGUAUCAGAUCAUCGUUCAACGAGUCAACUAAAACGACACCAUUUGAGGUGAUGAUGAUUCGGAAACCACGUUUCCCAUCAGAACUACUGGAUGAAUCUGAUGAAGAUGACCCAGUCUUCCCUGAUGCUGACCCUGCUGCGGUUGCUGAGUACGUCAGGCACAAACAAGGUCAACAAGCAGUGUUACACAAACAGGUGGAUCACAACAACAUUGUUGCCAAAGAAAAGCAGAAGAAAUACUAUGCCCGUAAAAAAGCAAAAGGUUUCAAAGCAUUUGACUUUCAUGUUGGACAGCAAGUGAGCCGGGCCAAUCCCAAGAAAAUGGGCGACAGAAAAGGAGAUAGGUUAGGGCCAGAUUGGCUACACGGAUUCACCAUCACCAACAUAUGCGGCAACCGCGUUCAGCUGAAGAGCAACACAACAGGUAAAAAGGCUAACUAUGAAGUCAUGGUCCUCCUGCCAGAGGCCCUGGCUGCAAUCUACAAGGAAAGGAAAGGCCUAGCCACAAUUGAGGAGGCCAGGGAACAUAUUUGGGAUUUAGCUUCACACCGGAUGUUGGAGCACGUUGCCACGGAGAUGACCCUACCCUAUCGGACGUUGGCCUCUAACCUUUGGCUCUUCUCCCCAUUGGUCGCCUGGGUGUACGCAAAAAAGCCACAAACCAAUGCGAUCGCUCGAACGACGACUGCUCUGACGCGUUUCAACGCGGGGGUCAAGGAUAACGUCAUCUCACCGGAGGCCGUGGCCGUGAUUGACCACCGGAUACAUCCAAUGUCAAGUGUGGAGGAAGUGAUGGAGUUUGACCUGAAGGUCAUUAAUGAUCCCAGGGUCAAGGUCACUGUUAUAGAUAGCCGACAACCUUCUCCGACCUCACCUUACGGGAAGGAUUCUCCUACAUAUAUGUUACUUCAGGAGACCAUUCAGCAGAUCUACCCUGAUGCCCUGGUGACCCCCACCUUCAUGGUUGGCUUCACGGACACAGGGCACUACCUGAACCUCAGCAGCGCCAUCUAUCGGUUCAACCCGUUUGUCAUGACACCGUCCGAUCUCCCGAGAUUCCACGGGGUAAACGAGAGGAUCUCUGUUCAGAAUUACGAGAGGGUCAUGAACUUUUACUACCACCUCAUCGUGAAUAUUGAUAAACCUUUGGACGUAAAAAAACACACACAUGAGGACGAGCUAUAGAAGAGCUAUAUCUGUAUAAAGCCGUUCUAAACAUGUGUAUAAUGUAGUACUGUAACAGUAGAAUCCGUUUGAUUGCACUCCUCAUUCGCCAGCACAUUUUAUCCGAAUGGUGCAACAAAGCAAAGUUAUUCAGUUUUACCACAACACUACGGAACCUCGGGAUUCCGUGCAAUUAACAGUAGCGUGCAGUUAUCCGCUGUGCAAUUAACUGUAGUAGCAUAUACUUCUACUGUAGUAGUAUAGUAACAGUAUUUUAAAAUCAUAAUGUAGCCAGAUGACCUAUGAGGAACCCAUAUUUACUCCGGGAAGGAGGGUGACCUCAUGGCGGAGUAUUGUAGUUGGGGCUGUUAUACUGUUUGUAGCUGUAUCUCAGGAUCCCUUUGCUGUGUUCGUAUGCAGUUUGGUGUGUCGUCUGGCCGUAAGUAUGUGGACGUUGGCCAGUUAGAUGAAACUAGAAGCAGAUGUUAAUUAACUGAGAUAGAGAGCGAUAUUGAUAGAUAUAGAUUGUGCAAAUGAAGGCCCUUUUUCCAUAAUUGACAAGGAAAUACUGUAAUUCCGUAGAUGUAAAAAAUAGGAAUUUCAUUCUUGCAGCGAGGUAAGUAAAUAAAAAUGUUAUACAUAUAUAAAAGCAAAUGAGGGUCUCAUUUACAUAAUUUAUGAUCAAAAGCUGGAACAAUCUUCUUUCAUAAG